AGCAGUUGUAAGACAGGUACCCUCAGUUCAUUCUCGGUAAGGGGCAGUAGCCUGUGCGAGAGCGAGUGGAGCGCGAGUGGAUUUCUUUUUGCCUGAUUUCUUUUUUUGUUUCUUUCGGACCGUCAUUCAGUGCCUGGAUGGCGUGGGACAGGUGUAACCAGGACUCGGUCUGGAGAGAAUUAGAGUGUGCUGCCUUGGUUGGCGAAGACCAACCCCUCUGUCCGGACCUCCCCGAACUCGACCUCUCAGAGCUUGAUGUCAGUGACCUGGAUGCGGACAGCUUCCUGGGCGGGCUCAAGUGGUACAGUGACCAAUCAGAGAUAAUUUCCAGUCAAUAUGGCAACGAGGCUUCCAACCUCUUUGAGAAGAUAGAUGAGGAAAAUGAGGCCAACUUACUGGCAGUGCUUACAGAAACGCUGGACAGCAUCCCAGUGGACGAGGACGGAUUGCCUUCGUUCGAGGCCCUGGCAGAUGGGGACGUGACCAAUGCCAGCGACCAGAGCUGUCCCUGCACCCCCGACGGUUCGCCGCGCACCCCCGAACCAGAGGAGCCCUCCUUGCUGAAGAAGCUCCUUCUGGCACCCGCAAACUCCCAGCUCAGCUAUAAUCAAUACAUAGGCGACAAGGCACAAAACCAUGCAGCCAGCAACCACCGGAUCAGACCAACACCUGCUGUUGUCAAGACGGAGAUCUCCUGGAACAGCAAGCCGAGGGGGGGCUGUCCGCAGCAGAGCCGUCUAGUGAGGCGCCCGUGCACCGAGCUGCUCAAGUACCUGACUGCCACCGACGACAUCCUCCUCCAGACCAAAGCCAGCGACGCCAAGAGCGCCUGGGGGGGUGGUGGUAAAGACAAGGGCGGCCUGCUGGGCGCCUCCUCCUCCACCUCCUCGUCGCCGUCCUCCUCCUCCACCUCCUCCUUCUCCUCCCUCUCCUCCUCCUCCUCUAUCGCCUCCAAGAAGAAGUCGUCCUCGUCGUCCGUCGUGUCGCAACAGCAGCAGCAGCAGCAGCAUCACCAGCGAGGUGAGAGCCGGGCUGCUGGCGAGUGUAGUGUGGCUGGUGUGGGGGCUGGGAAGUGGCGUCGUUGCGCUCAUGGGGCUGGUGGCACUGAGGGACAGUCCGAACCCGCGGCGGCCCCCGCUCCUGUCCCCCCGGCACGUAGGAACGACAGCGCCCAUGCCCGCCCCAAACUGGAGCGCAGGCCGUCCAGUGAAGAAGGAAGGCCGCCAGGUCUGCAGCCUGCGGUGGACGCAGGGCGCCUGGCAGCCGCUAGGUUCAUUAGGUACAUGCAUUCUUAUUCUCUCCUUCCUAGAGAGACGGGUCAGACAGGCAGCUGUGGGCGUUGCCCUGAGGUGGGCACUGCCACUCAGGCUAGCGAGUGCUGGGGCGGGCAUGGCCGUGGUGAGGCAGCGCGUAGGCAAAUCACAGUGACCAUAAAGAAAAGAGAGGAGGAGCCGGGGCAUCCGUUGCUUAGCCAGUUGCUGACCUCCAAGCAGAGGCUCGCCAGCUAUCGGGCCCAUUUGCUCCUGCCCGCUACUACCCCUCAGCCCCGCAAGAGCAGUUCAUCAAGAAUUAGCUCUGGAGUCCUGGAGAGGGAUCAGUGUCCCAGCCAGGCUAUUGAGGUGGAGGAGAAGUACAGAGGCACUGUCAAUAUCAAUCCCGGCAGCUGGGGUCUCAGACAGGCCAAGGAGCCUGAUUCGGACCCCCUGUUGGCCGAGAGCUUAGGCCAAGGCAGCUGGGUUAGCCAGUCAGACCAGGCGCUAGAUUUGGGGAUGGAGCUGGGCUUGGGUUGGCCGGAGGUUGGCCUGGUGGAGCAGGCUGGCUGUUUCCGGGAGGAGGUCCGCGAUGAUGAUGCCAUGGGCAGCCCCAUGGCGCUCUCACUGGGCCUGCCAUGCCCACUCUUCCCAGAUUCUAGAAUUCCAGACCCCACUCCCUCCGUCACACAAGGGCAGCAGCACCUACACAUGCAGGCAGUCUGCAGGCACCCCGAUGACCAGGGCCUCCUGUUGUUAGCCAAACCAACCACCUUGCCACUUCCUUUGACCCCAGAGUCUCCAAAUGACCACAAGGGAUCACCGUUUGAGAGCAAAUCCAUUGAACGCACAUUGAGUGUGGAGAUCUCUGGAACCCCAGGUCUGACACCACCUACCACGCCCCCCCACAAAGCCAGUCAAGAGAACCCUUUCAAAGCAUCACUCAAAACCAAGUUGUCUUCAUGCUCCUCGUCUGCCCUGGCGUGCAAGAGGGUUCGGCUGAGCGAGGCGGGCCCCUGCGGGUCCCCAGCCCUAACCCCGACCCUAGGUGGGGGUCCCUCCAGGAAGGGCCCCGAGCAGACUGAACUGUAUGCCCAGCUGAGCAAAGCGUCCACUGCCCUCCCCAACUUGGUGGUCACCGCAACGACAGGGGGUUGCCAGGAGGAGCCCCGUGGCUUCAGCGACCACGACUAUUGUCAGUCGCCGGCGGCCAGCACAAAACGGGACGCUGACGCUAAUGCGGCUAAUGCAGCUUAUGCUACUGUUACCAUGACGACUACUACGACAACCCCUCUGAAGCCCAAUCCGGUCAUGGCGGAGGACAGGCAUGUGAAAUGUAAGGACUCAGCCAUGCCACCCUCCUCCUUUUCUUCUUCCUCCUCCUCUUCUAUAUCUUCUCCUACAUCUUCAUCCUCUUUGGCCAAGCAGCUGCAGCAGAGCUCUUACCCUGUGGCUACGGAGGCGGGGCAGGGCGCUCGGGGACAGGACCGGACCCCCACCACCCAGACAAGAUCACCCCCACCACAGACCCUAGAUGGGGACCAGCAUUCCACCAGCAGGAAGCAGCCCCUGCGAGACCAGGAGAUCCGGGCGGAGCUCAACAAGCACUUUGGCCGCCCCCAGCAAGCCAUUUACAGCCAGGGUGAGAAGGGGGGGGAGUUGGUGGUGGAGGAGGGGGGGCAGGGAGGAGGGGAGAAGGUUGUCGCCCCGCAGGCGUCCGAGGAGAACCUUGCUGGGGACGAGUACUACUGCAAGCUCCCUGGUUCUGGUUCUACUGGGUACCUGCACCCGGGUCUCCCGCCCUUCCACGAGGAACUUGAGCUCCAGGACCGUGGCGUGGAGGGGCGCUACCUCUACCCCUGGGAGGGCACCCCCCUGGAAAUGCUUUUCGAGUCCUGCUCGCCGUCCUGCUCGCCGUCCAGCUGCUCCCCCUCACGGGGCUCCGUCUCACCCCUCUCCUCCCUCCUCCUCUCCCCCAGACACUUUGUCUGGCCCCGUUCGGGCUCCCCCUCCUCCCGUUCUCGCUCCCGGUCCCGCAGUUCCUCCUCCCACCACCGGAGGCGCUCCCUCUCCAGCUCACCCGACGGACGCCCCUCCUCCAGGCCUCAUCACAACAUGGACUCCAGCACUUACCGAUCCAGGACCCACAAAAGCCCUCACUCGCAGUCUCGAUCUCAGUCCAGAUCCCCCCUCAGCCGCAGGCCAAGGUACGACAGCUACGAGGAAUACCAACACGAGCGUCUGAAGCGGGAGGAGUAUCGCCAGGACUACCAGAAGAGGGAGUCCCAGAGGGCCGAGCAGAGGGAGAGGCAAAGUGAAAAAGCAAUAGAGGAGAGACGGGUGGUGUACGUGGGGAGACUGAGGUCCGACAGCACGCGAACCGAGCUAAAGCGGCGUUUUGAAGUCUUCGGCGAGAUCGAAGAGUGUGCCGUGAACCUGAGAGAUGACGGGGACAAUUUUGGUUUCAUCACCUACCGCUACACUUGUGACGCCUUCGCUGCCCUUGAAAACGGACACACCUUGCGCCGGUCAAACGAGCCCCAGUUCGAGCUGUGCUUCGGUGGACAAAAGCAGUUCUGCAAAUCGAAUUAUACAGACUUGGAUUCCCAUUCUGACGACUUUGAUCCAGCCUCCACUAAAAGCAAGUAUGACUCCAUGGAUUUUGACAGCUUGCUGAGAGAGGCCCAGCGCUGCUUGAGAAGGUAACAAGUGCUCUAGCAGCCGCUGUCUACCAAGAGGGAUGUCUUGAUACCUCACUAAUGUUUCUGUCCUUUGACUACGAGAAGUUUUACACUCUAUGUAAGAGAGUAUAUAAAGAUGAAUCUAUAUAUAUAUAUAUAGACAUAUAUAUGUAUAUAUAUGUAUAUAUAUAUGUAUAUAUAUAUGUAUAUAUAUGUAUAUAUAUAUAUAUAUAUAUAUAUAUAUAUCAAAAAGUAUAUUAAAAACAACGUUUACAUGAACAUAGCUGCUGAAGAAGCUGGGAAGAGACAGUACCUGGAAAGACAGUGAAUCCUCAUAACCCUGUACACAGAUGUGUGUGCUUUACUGCUGUACAACAGUCAGUGAAAGACAAAAACAUUCAUGAGAUUUUUUUUUCUCUCCAAGCACUACAAAAACCCAACUAUGCUUUGAGUGGUGAAACAUGUGCAGCUCGUUCAGUCUUUUUUUUGUCCUUGAUUAUUCUUUUAGUUUUUUUAAAAUCUGGUGUUUGGGAUGUGGUGUUACGUUAUUAACGAGAGUAUAGGGAAAAGUAUCUUGGAGGCUCAAGAUAACGUUGCUGUCUAGAUUUUCAGGACAAAUGCCCUGUAUAUACAGAUAUUAUCAAAAGGAAUAUUUUUAUUUUGUGUACAUAUCAAACAAAGUUCUUUAUUUGUUACAGCUAUGCACUGUAAAAUGCAGCCUUUUUAAAAUGAUGAAGACAUUUUCUCAAUUAAGAAUGUCGAUCUGUAGUUAUUACAAUGAUGUAAGACAUAUUGUACACCUACAUGAAGUUUAGAGGACAUGACAUGAUUGUAAAAAUGUGUAGGAGGCUCAUUUUGAUGGAGCAUGUGAACAAAUUUCCUUUUUUAAGAAUUAUUUUGUUGGGGGAAAAAAGUUAACCAUGUAUAGUUUUAUCUGUUUAUAAAGUUUCUCAAUCAGUGUUUUUCCGUAUACAACAAGUAUAAAAUGCAUUUUUAACGUGUUUUUUCAUGAUUGUAAUGAAACAAACCCCAUUUUUAAUAAUAUUUCUGAAACAAUCAGUAUAUAUAUAUAUAUAUCAAUUCAUUUUGAUUUCAAUGAUUUUUAUGGUUCUCGUUUUGAUAAUUUUACUCUCAGUGAGAAAAGACUACUACUAUGUUUAAUCUGUUUAAUCAGGAUAAACCGUGCAUAUUUAUCUAUUUAUUUUAAUAUUUGAAUCAAAAAUAUUUAUCCUCUCCAUCUCACAUGGUGUACCUCACACAUUUUUGCUAUUUAUAUUGUUAUUUGAUUUUUGUUAUUUCACUUACAAUCAGUGGGUAAGGUGUACAAUAAUGUGGGAAUAUUACAUUCUAUGCCUUUCAGAAACAAUAAAAAAUAAAUUAUAAUCUCCUCGACAGUGGCCCAUCAUGAGA